AUGUCAUCCCCAGUUCCAUUUUCACUCGCCAACAAGAAACUGGUGUCAUCGUUAUAUCGCCAAUCUUUGAGAACCGCGCAGAAUUGGAUCAACCGCAAGGAUUUCUACAGAAAGAAGGCUGCUGAAAUCAGAGGCAGGUUCGAGGCCAACAAACACAUUGAAGAUCCAAAUCAGCUGAAGAGUUUCAUCAGGUUGUGCUCGACCAAGCUCAGGCUUUACUGA